UUCCCGAACGGCGAGGUUCUGCUUGGAGACGACAGAGAGAACAGGACGGAACAGGAUGCGAAACCGAGCAACCCGCAAAAUGGCGAAGUAACCGGAAGUCUUUCCUCCAGCUCGACAGAGGGCGACACAAGCGGCGCAAAGAAUCCCCAACGGGAAGACGUUGCUCGUGAAAGAGACGACGAGAACGUAGACUCUAAGAGACCGUCGCCUGAUCGACUAAGCGAAAAUGUCGAUGUACACAGGUCGGACAACUCGCUAGACAAACGGAGCGUGAAAGAUGAACAGGAUGCGAAAACGGACACUCGACAGUUCGAGGUUGAGAAGAGCUUCCCGUGGCUACGGAUAAAUCCCAGUGACAAGAAUCUCUCGAAACAGAUGUUCCUCUACCUGACUUACAAAGAACUGAAACGCAAUAUCGUGGAUUUGGACAGGAGGGAAAUGCACGCUCGCAAUAAGCAGUAUUGGGACGAGGCCUUGCGGCUGAGGGACAUGAGGAACAAGUUGGAGCUGAUUCGCGAGAGGAAACUGUAUAAUAUGGAACUUUUAGACCUGGACGAAAAGUCGAGGCAGUUGGGACUGGACAAUAUCGACAAGAGAGAAGCGGAACUCGUCGAACGAGAGAAGAUCUGCAUGGAUUCAACGAUGUACAGCGAAGACGCCAAGGCUAUGUGGAUAAAGUGGAUGUACGAAGACGACAGGUCCGUGAUCAAGGAUGCUCUGCUGCAAAGGGAGAAGCUGAUGUACAGAUUGGAGAAAGAAUGGCAGAACCUCGCGAUGCGCGAGAAAGAAAGGAUCUCGCGAUCGUACCAGAGCGUAUUGAACGAUUCUGCUUUGCAAGAAGAGCACAAAUUGUCCGCUGCUAUUAACGCGACUAGAACGAAAUCUGUCACGAGUUCCUUAAAAUAGGCUGUAAACGAAAUAUCGACAAUUCGUGAGCUUGAUUUCGCUAUGCCAAGCUUGACGAUCGUGUGUAUUUUGAUGUCCGUAG